UAAUUUUUACUCAAACUUGGAUAUGUUUGAAAAUUUCAAUUUAACAUCAAAACAUGCCUUAGAAAUUUUAUUAAAAGAGAUUGCAAACUAUGCUAAAGAUGCGAAAUUUAGCGCUCAGACGAAGACCUUCUAUUCUCUGUGUUUUAAAGAAAUUCUUACAAAUAGGAGAACAUCUUACACAAACCUAUUGAAUAUUAUAGUAAUAUUGAUUCUAUCCUUAAUAUCCUAUCUUUCUUUUAUAUUUAAUGAAGAGCCUUAUCGAUCACAGAGCUUAGUUAUGGCGUUUUUUUUGCUUUUACACUUUUUCCUUAAUACUACCUUAGUUAUAUAUACUUGGAAUGCAAAAAAUAAUGAAAUAUUUAAUAAGUUAUUAAUGACUGUGAACCAAUAUAAAACAAAAAAAAUAGAUUUCUCUUCGAUUGAUUUAUUUUUACCAUCAUCUCCUUCUUUAUCUUAUAUUUCCACUUAUAGGGAUAAAAAAUUUAUAACCUUACCACAAAUCUUAUUGGUAAAAGGGGAUAUAAUUAUUUUACAGGAAGGUUCAACAUCACCUGCAUUGUGUCACAAAAUCAAUGAUAAAGAUUUUACACUUUGUUAUGGUGAAAUAUAUAAAAAGGCUUUGAAAGACAAUGAUGAAAACUUGUCAGAAUUAAGCCAUAGCAACCAUUUUUUGUUUUGCCAUGACAUUCCACACCACCAAUAUUUUAUCAUUCAAGAAACUCCCAGUGUCCAUCAUUAUAUUAAGGAAAUCCUUAGCCCAACCUCAUCUUACAGACCCCCCAUGCCCUACAUGGAACGCAACAAAAAUUUAACCCUCUCCAUCUUCACCUGGAUAAUCUUCCCUACUUUCUUAGUGGCCAGUUCUGCUAUCGUUUUUGCCAAACUCUUAGCCUCAGGCAAUUCCCAAAAAUUUCGUGUUUGGAAUUUGGUGUUAGAACCUAUUUUAAUUGUUGUUCCCAGCUUGUUCGUGUCCCUCGAUUGGUUCUGGUUGCUGGCUAAUGCUGUUGGCAAUGCUUAUCUCAAUGUUUUUACGUGUCAAGCCAAAACCAGGAGAUCUAACGUGGAAGUGGAAGCCUUCGAAAAUGAUUCCGAACUCGUGGGAGGUGACGAAGACCUGCAGAGUAGUUCGGAUGAUUCUGACACUUCUAAUUCCGACCAUACGCGAUUAAUGGAACAGGGUCAAAAAUUCGGUUUAGACGAUUCAACGAUCGCUUCAUCUAAAAAAACUACUCCCAACUUGUUUAAUUACUCUUCCAUCUCUAAAUAUUCUUUUACUCGCACCCACAAUUUCGGGAUACGCAGCCCAUUCCGAAAAUGGCUUUUCUGGAAGAGCGACAAGAACAUUCUAUGGAAAACCCCCUUAUCAUCGGCUCCACUACCUCAAUCUACUCCCAUUCCGGCCGUUUUUGGUGGCGAAGAUUUGAAGAGAAUCCAUCCCGACGAACAAUUGCAUGGAACGAAGGAUGCUGCGGGAGGCGACGGGGAAGAAAACAAUAACUCGUCUUCACCCCAGAGCCUUUGGAGGGCUUUUUUUGACGCUCUUUCUGGUAAAUGCCCUUCCCUGCCAUUCUCACGGAACCCCCUGGCCACCCUGAGUUGCGUCAGCAACGUGUGCCCUCUGGAUAAGGAGGGCAUGCUCUCUUGGCCCGAUCCUUACCCCGAAAAAACCCUGGUCAUUUACAGUUCGACACCACCUCCUUCCGUCAAUCCCGAUUAUUAUUGUCCACAGAAUGACGUUACUAAUGUAGUUUCCAAGCUGAUCAAUCCGCAAAUCGAAAAUGAAGAAAUUCCUGAUGCUAAAACUGCUCUUAGAAAUGAAACGGGGGACGAAAAAUUUAUAGAAUGGGACAACGACGAAUCAUUACGGAGGCAUAGGAGUCUGAUCGAUAUCUAUCACGAAACCGGUCCUUUGAGCGAGGUUUUAGUAACUGAUCCCAACAUCGGAACUCGUAAAUCCGGGUUAUCCGUGCCGUCCAAUAAUAAGUUCGCCACCUUUUCCGGUUUUAAAGUCGGGCCCCGUUUUAGGAAACGAAAUCGAAGCCCGGGAGCCUAUUUGAAAGAAAUAUUAUCGAUCGAUCACGUGAGUCCUACCGCCAAUUUAAGGAAAAUGUCUCUCCGAAAAGAUAACAACAAAAUCAAAAAACACGAUGACAGUUUCUACGAAAAGGGUUAUUUUACUUGGAGAUGCCCGCGUGUCGUGCCCGCUAGCCCGGGACCUAACGACGCUCCACCCCAUUUUGGCAAAAGAAAAAAAUCGCCCGAGUGCCCCGAUAAUAGAAACCAACAAAAUGCGAAGGAGAUGGAGAGGGGUGACAGGAGAAGGAAUAGAACAUUCUCCGGUUUAGACAAUUUUAACCAAUCCGCUUUGAACGUGAAAAUAUUAGCGCUCAGCCACGAACCCAAUCACCCCGAAAAUAUAUCUUUCGAAGACUGCUAUUGGUCCGAUUAUUUGCCCAAUUUGAAACCCCUGGCAUUCGCCAUAAUGGCUACCACUUGCAAUUUGACGUACUCCAAGGAGAUCAAAGACUUUUACGAUUACCUCUCUUCCUAUUACGGAGUUAACGAUGCCUCGUCUCCCAAUCAUCCCCUGUUCCAACCACCCAGAUGUCUAUUACGCUUGGCGGAUCUCACCAACAAUCGCUCCUCUACCCAAACCAAACCCUCGUUAGCGACGACCCAUCACAAUCCUCCGCCGCUUUCGAGACCCGGGUUUAAAUCUUCCCAUUUGGACGAUAAAUUUUUUUUCGGGGUCUACGAGAAACGUCAUUCCGUCGCGAACGAUUAUUAUUCUAACGCAAUGCCUGUAUCUCCCCAUAUGGAAAAUUCAUAUUUAGGACGACCAGCCAGGGCUUUUUUCAGUGUUCUUAUAAAAGACGAAGCGGCGAACGAUUUGAAGGCGGAAGAGGGCGCUUGCAGAUAUCAAUUGUUUUCUUGCGGUUCACCCGAUUUUCUUGGCGAUUUCUGCUACGACGCUUGGGAUGGGCUCGAUAUUCAACCCAUCAAUCAUCGCGAAUAUUCCGACGUCGAUUUAAUAACUCUCGAAAACAUCCGCACUCAACACGCCAACCCUCAUCAGCCUCCUUCGGAUUCCUUGGAAACUAAAUUGAGCGAUUUUUAUAAGCGAGAAGUAGUGCUCAGCGGAUGCUCGGAUUGUGUGGCGUUCGCUUAUAAACCCUUGUUGCCCCACGAGGCCAAAUACCUAAAAACCAUUAUAACCGCCAAAAUGAGAAGCCGUAAAAGAGAAUUGAAAAUGGCCGUUCUAACGCUCAAUAAAAAUUCCAGGGUCGGCUUAGAAGCGAAAUUCGCGGAACACCCGCGCAAGAAGAAGAUGGGAAUCAAACUCCACCCGGAAAAUCACGUGAAGUUUAUCAACGGGGUUGGGUUAGGAGCUGGAGGAUGGAUGGAGAGGGACUUUGGUAGCCUUUGUGUCAGAGUUCCCGAUAGGUCUAGCGAUAUGAUGUUCGACCAAUAUUUGAAAACGCGCAGGAAUUAUCACGAUACGUUCAGUGAUCAUCACCGAAGGGCGUCUUACUUGUCGAACAGCUGUUCUUCCAGCCCUGGUACCAACGUAAUUCAGGCACACACACCGACGGCCCUAGCCGUCGACGGCAAAGAGAAAUCUGAAUCAUUUUUUUCGCUAGAAGCGGUGAGGAAAUCAGCUGACGAGGAGGUUCCGUGUGGAUCACGCGGAAACUCAUUAUCGGCCUUGCCUUCCGAAAUCGAGGGUCAGCCAAUAAUAUCCUUCUAUCAAAAUAUCCAUGCCGAUACGACCGUAAAUGUGAACGGUGAACGAUUAACGAAUUCCGGUCAUCCUACUUCUAUUACUGGCUCAUCGAUUUUGCCCGAGUUCUUGAACCUGUGGACAGGGAGCGAAAAGGGAGAGCAAAUAGUAGGUAGCACAGAACCCCGAAAGAGUGACAGUUGUCCCACGAGGUUAGGAUCAAUCAAAAGCACUUCCAACUCUGAAGCCUUCAAUUUUUGCCAAUACCAAGAUAGAUCACCUUCCCCAAUGAGCGAUAUUUUCCCCCCACUCGUUGCCACAGCGGAGCCCAAAACGGUAAUAAAUUUUAAUAUUUCCGCUUCGCGCGUUAUGUCGUUACUUUCCCAUCAAAUCUUGCUGGGUUGCGUAUCCGCUCUAUACCCGCCAAAGAUAGAGUACUUCCAAAUCAUCGACACUCUCGAUUCCGCCUUCAUAAGGUUCGUGCAUUUUUCGCGCGAUAACGAAACGCGGAGCAAAAUCUUUGCCGAAAAAAUCGGACUGGACAUAGGCUGGAAUUGUAGCAUCUCGCUGAAAAACAAGGAUCUCGAAUACCGCAAAAAUGGCGGAAUCGAUAGCGGUUCGCGUAGUGGAAUGGACGGAGAAGGAGCUGAAAAAUCGAAAGAUUUCGGAAAAUUUAUCGAAAUCCAAAAGAAGCCGGAAAACCCAUUUACCACCUCCAUUUUGCCCAAGGGAAUAAAGGAGAUCAAGCAACACCUAUCCACCAUAGAUAACGUUCCUUUGCUCGUUCCCCUGUUCACCGAUUGCUAUUGCCGUUUUAAGCCUGCCAAUCAAAACGAAUCCCUCAAUAAAACUACCAUGGUUUUGGACGAUUCUGUUCUGAGUAUGAUAGGCAUAAUGCAGGAGUACCGCGAAGUGGUGGUCACUCUAGGAAGUUGUUUUAACCUUCAGAACUUGAAACGGUUCGCCGUAUCCGACUUGGCCAUGUCCGUUCGGCCCCUGUUACCCCAUCUGUGUCUCAAUUCCGCGUCGUACCCGUCCGAAAAUGGUGGCCUCCAUCAUAAUAACAAAAUAAUGGCCGGCAAAAAUAAGGAUACUACCCUAUUAUCUUACUACGGGCUCGCGGGUGAACUGAUAUCGUUGACCUGCAGUUACAACUUUCAGCCGGAUGACAAUCUUUGCAUAACACGUGUCAUUAAAAAGGCCAGACAAAUAUCCGCCAACAUAAUCUCCAGCUGCAUUUUCAUGGUUUAUUUUAACCUGUACCUCUCGUUGAGCCAUAUGAUCUCGUUUCUCGUCUUCCUUCCUCCCAUGUUCAACGCUUACAACGUGGUCUGGUUACUGACCAUCGUAUGUCCCACGCUUACCGUAUCCCUCCUAGCGAAUCCCGCUAAGCUUAAAGUUAUGGACAUGGCGACCGCUAAAAAUGCGCUAGUCACUAAAGAGAAAAUAGCUUUCAACGUGUUCAUAUUCUUGCUGAAAUUUAUCCCGUUCCUGGGUUUACUGUUGGUGACCUACGGAUUUAUAUUGAGUUCUUUGUGCGAUAAACAAAUGGCCGAGAUGCCGCCGGCUAAUCGUAAUGGCCGAAAUUGCACACUUUUGACCUUUCCUUACUUUACGGGUUACAAGAAAAUCUUCUUCUUCUCCGUUUUAUGGCGAUUUCCAGGUUUACCCGGGUAGGCCAGUUUUCCCUCUGAUUUUUCUUUUCCAUUUUUGACGGUCCUGAGCAUCAAUACUUGUAAGAUUCAAGCUUCUCAUAUCCGCCGCUAUCACAUUUGUCCACGUCAUCUUGGGUCUUCCUCUAGGUCUUGAUCCUCCUACUUCCAUCAUUGUGCAUCUCUUUACCCAGUCAUCUCUUGUCAUACGUUCCACAUGCCCAAACCAUCUUAGUCUAUUUCGUCGCAUUACCAUACCAAUCAUUUCUAUACCUAAUCUUGCUCGCAAUUCCUUGCUAGUUUUUCUCUCUCUCAGAGAUACCCCACACAUCCAUCUAACCAUCCUCAUCUCUGUUCUUUCUAAUUUGGCUUCGUAAAUUGCUUUCAUUGCCCAUGUUUCACCGCCAUAAACUAAACAACUCCUCACGCAGCUUACGUAAACUUUCCCCUUUAACUUCAGAGAAACUUUUUUAUUUGUAAGAAUAGAUGACAUCUCUCUGAACUUCUUCCAAGCUUGUCUGAUCCUUGCAACAACAGCAGAAUCUACACCACCAUCUGCGUUUAGCAUAUCACCUAAAUAACAAAACUUAUCCACUUUUUCUAGAAUUAACCCAUUGCCAAUAUCCAGACCACCAUUUUUUAGGUUAUCAUUAUUAUGUAUCCCUUUCAUGCAUGUUUUACAAAUAAAGGUCAUUCUUUCUAACAUCAAACUGCCUUUUUUCCCACUACAUCUUUUAUGUACCCAUUUCUGGCAUCUGGUACAUUGGAUAGAAUUUCUAGCAACUCCUUUCCCACAUACACCACAAGGCCACUUACCUGAUUCUUCUAUCUUUAGAUUUUCCCCACCAAUCAUCACCUUUGUUUUUGAUGCAUUCAUUUUCAGGCCCUUUGCUUCCAUAGUCAUCUUCCAUUUAAUAACUUUAUCCCUCAAUUCUCCCUCACUGUUUGCCAUUAAUACAAGGUCAUCUGCAUAUAAUAUCUCCCAGGGAAGUCCUUCACGCAUUUCUCUAGCCACCACAUCCAUUACUAAGAUAAAUAAUAAUGGACUCAGCACGGAUCCUUGAUGAAGUCCUACCUUCACCUCAAAGCUGUCACUAUCACCAUGAUCCGUCCGUACUGCUGUUUGUGCUUCAACAUACAUUGCCAUCACUGCGGUAACUAACCAUUCCUCCACACCGGAUUUUCUCAAGGCCCAUCUUGUAAUCUCACGCGGCACCCUAUCAAAUGCUUUCUCCAAAUCAACAAACGCAUAAUAGAGUUUCUUUUCCUUCGCAAGAUACUUCUCCUGAAUUUGUCUCACCACAAAAAUUGCAUCUAUCGUGCCUUUUCCCGAUGUAAAACCAAACUGCAUUUCAUCAAUUUUGAUUUGUUCCCUUAUCCGCUUUUCUAACACUCUCUCAAAUACUUUCAUUGCAUGUUCCAAGAGUUUAAUAGCUCUGUAAGACCCACAAUCUAAAGGAUCACCUUUCCCCUUGUAUACUGGGAUAAUUAUACUUCUUCGCCAGUCCUCGGGAAUAGUACCUUCUGUGACAAUCUGAUUUGCUAAAUUCAUUAACCAUUCAAUCCCUAAAUCAUCAGAACCUUUAAACAUCUCUGAUACCACCAUCGUUAAACCCGAUGCCUUCCCUUUCUUCAUCUUUUUCACUGCUCUCCUUAUCUCGUCCUUGCCAAAUUUACACCCUGGACCUUCUACCUUUGCACAACUAAUAUUAUUAUUCCAUUCAUUUUCUUCAUUCAAAAGUCCUUUCAUGUAAAUCUUCCAGGUGUUCUUAAUACCACUACUAUCAAUCAUCAUUUUUCCUUCCA